UUAGUGAUAGUGUCAAGAACAACAAAUUACCUAUUUAUUCACCAACUCCCUCACCAACCCAAACCUUGCUGGUGGCGGAUACUCCGAGGGAUCCAUUUCCAAUUCAUUCUCCCCAUAAAGGACCCCCCACACACACACACGACACAAUCGUGCUCUCUCCUCUCCAUUUCACUCUCCUUCAGAUCCCGAAAAUGCAAACCGCGGCGGCGUUCUCCACCUUCUCCCCCUCCCUCCCCCACCGCAACCUCCACCGCACCAACCACCUCCGGCGACCUUCCUUCUCCGUCCGCCUCUCUUCCAAACUCACCGACGGCGGCGCAAAUCCAAAUGGCGCCUCUUCUUCUUCCUCAUCCUCCUUUCCUCGCCGAUCCUGGCACCUUGCGAAUUCCUCUCCCUUCAAGUUCAGACCUCUCGCCUCUGAUUCAUCGCCGCCUAAAGCCGCUUCCUCCGUCCCUGACAGCGCCGGCUCCGCUGAACCUUCUUCGUCCUUGAUGAAAACUCUCCAGCUUGGUUCCUUGUUUGGCCUCUGGUACCUCUUCAACAUCUACUUCAACAUCUACAACAAACAGGUUUUGAAGGCGUUCCAUUACCCGGUAACCAUUACUGCGGUUCAAUUUGCUGUUGGGACUGUCCUUGUAUCGGUGAUGUGGGGUUUAAACCUCUAUAAGAGGCCAAAGCUCAGUGGUGCCCAGCUUGCAGCAAUAUUGCCAUUGGCCCUGGUGCAUACUUUAGGGAACCUUUUCACUAAUAUGAGUCUUGGAAAGGUUGCUGUGUCAUUCACUCACACGAUCAAAGCCAUGGAGCCUUUCUUUUCUGUGAUCCUUUCUGCCAUGUUCCUUGGAGAGAAACCUACGCCGUGGGUGGUUGGUUCCCUCUUGCCUAUAGUUGGUGGAGUUGCGCUGGCAUCUCUUACUGAGGCCUCUUUUAAUUGGGCUGGAUUUUGGAGUGCAAUGGCUUCCAAUGUGACCAAUCAAUCUCGUAAUGUUCUUAGCAAAAAGGCCAUGGUUAAGAAAGAGGAUUCUAUGGACAACAUCACUCUCUUCUCUAUAAUAACAGUAAUGUCAUUCUUCUUGUUAGCACCCGUGGCUGUCUUCAUGGAGGGUGUUAAAUUUACCCCUGCUGCACUGCAGGCUGCUGGGGUAAACGUCAGACAACUGUACAUCAGAUCUCUUCUAGCUGCACUCUGUUUCCAUGCAUAUCAGCAAGUUUCUUAUAUGAUAUUGCAGAGGGUAUCACCUGUAACCCACUCGGUGGGCAAUUGUGUGAAGCGGGUUGUGGUCAUUGUGAGCUCUGUUAUCUUCUUCCAGACACCUGUCUCUCCUGUGAAUGCCAUGGGGACUGCUUUAGCUCUUACCGGUGUUUUCCUCUAUUCAAGGGUGAAGCGAAUUAAACCAAAGACAGCUUAAUUUUGCUUGGUAAAAAAUUUCUAGUUGCAUCACAAAAGCUAAAUAGCUGCAAUUCUGAAUUUCUUUGUAGGUUAGAUAGGGAAUAUGAUGAGGAUUACUUUUUCUGGCCGUGUGCCAUGCUUUCUUUAGUUUUUUUUUUGCUUUAAAGUUACUUUGUGGAAUUUUUUUAUCAUGUCUUUUUGAUUGCCUGUGGUUCUGUUCAAUCAAAAAUUUAUCCACUCGAAUUUUGCUUAAACACCACAUCAAGGUGUGUUAAUGUACCACUAUGCUUAUAAACAUAUAUGUAUUCAGCUAUUGAAUUGGUAAAUGCAAAUUCUGUGCAA